AUGUCUUCUGCAGGAGGGGAUAAGUCGUCCGAUGGAUGCACGACGACUUUCGUCAAUCUGCCCGAUGUUCCCGAGCGUGAUACUUGGAGGACAUCGCAUCCGACGAGCGUAGGGGGGAAAGAGCCAGAAGAGCCAGAAGAGCCAGAAGAGCCAGAAGAGCCAGAAGAGCCACGAAUUACUGACCUCAAGGCAUCCCAAACUUUCAAACUCAAGCCUACGUACACCAUCAAGGAUGAUGAGUGGGUCGACAAGGGGACCGAUUACUAUCACAAUCGACCCCAGCGAGAAUACACAAGCGAUGACGAGAAUGAAGAUGAAGGUGGAACGUUUUACGAAGCUCGUGAGACCCAAGCGGGUGCUGAUACUCAUUUGACUGGGGUCUCCACCGUCGCAAGUCAAGGCGCGGGAUCAAAGACAGCUGGGAGGCUCAGCCGUCGCUUGACUCUACCCAACGCUCCUCCAAGUGACCGUCAGGAGCCAUGGUGGUACAUCCUUCCAACCUUUCGAUCCCCAGCGUACUACCCUAUGCAUGCAGAGUGA